AUGUCGAGGAAUGGCAGUGAAGGGCAAAGCCCGGAGUUUGACGUGCAUUUGGAGAACGAAAUGGCAUGUGUCCAUGUGCCCGUCAGCGUCUUUUCCCAGUUUUCUCCGUCCAAGCCCUUGUGUUCCUGGAAGUUGGGUGACCAAUUCUACAAGGAUGCCAUUGAGCAGUGCCGCAGCUACAAUGCCCGUCUCUGCGCUGAACGCAGCGUGCGUCUGCCGUUCCUCGACUCGCAAACUGGCGUGGCCCAGAACAACUGCUAUAUCUGGAUGGAACGUCAUCACCGCAGCCCAGGGACGGCAGCCGGUCAGAUGUAUACGUAUCCGGCUCGCUGCUGGCGAAAGAAGAGACGGCUUCACACCAGCAAUGACCCCAGCCUGGGGUUUUUUGGUCUCAAACUUGACAACGGCAUCAUGUCCAAGGACACGUUGCCGACCCAGAGCACAACUUUAGAAGCUCUGCUACGUGGCGAAGGUCUAGACAAGAGGAAUUCCAGGAACGAUGAGGAGAGUUUGCUGGAGAUCCAGAGAGUUCUGGAGGCAGACGCAGCAGAAGAUGCUUUCAAUGACGAUGACGACUACGAGGUGGACACUCCCAAGAGGAGACACCGGGGGAAAGGAAGGGGUCGGGGUUCAGGCCGCAGGAAGGCAGAUCUAGAUGAUGACAAGCCAUAUGUCUGUGACAACAGAUACAAACAAAGGAAUAACUCCAAAUCAUCAACCUCAGUCUAUGCGAAGCGCUAUAGGAGCCGUACUGGACUAAGCUACCACUAUACCAAUUCCCACUUGGCAGAGGAGGACAGAUCCGGGGAGAGGAGUUCUGUGCCAUCCAGGUCUCCAUCUGUGCAGGCCAUGGACAGACACAAACGUCCAAAGGUUCCGAUCGGGAACAGGAUUCCCCAAAGACACUGUGAGAAAUGUCAGAACGCCAACGAGAAGCUCAUGAAAUCUGGCUCCCCCUGCACUAUCUGCCAAUGCAAAACUGAUGGCGGCGAGAAGGAGGACGGCGGCGGUGGCGGCAACGUGGGUGGCGCCGAGGAGCUGUUCGCCACCACGUCAGAGAGCGACGCCUCCACCUUUCAUGGCUUUGAGGACGACGAGCUGGAAGAGCCCGUCGCUAACGGCAACGGAUUAUCCAGCCGUCACAGAUAG